CAUUCCAGCUCUGGGAAGUCUAUGGUGGACAUGCACAUCGAAUGGUUGGUUACCCCCCCCAAGAAUAGUGUCUGCUCAUGCAAGCUCUUCAGCUUCUUCCACUCGAGCUCCUGCUCCUUCAAGAACAUACUGGUCUUGAUCAGUUCAGGCCCCAUACCGACGAGCUCCCGGUCUCUGCAAACCAGCAUUAGGCUACCGUCCAGGGACUCCACCAAGUACAUGGUGUACUCGAGUAACUCUUCCAGGUCGACAGGGAUAACCUUAGGCUUGAAGGAAAGCCCAUGGGGUUCCCAUGCCCCGACCGUGCCGGAAUCAGGCGUGUCUAUGUAUGUCCAGGCCUUGUCCUCAGCUCGAGCGAAGGCCGAAGCCCUCCAAAUGUUGCAGAUCAUCAUGACGACGAAACCGCUGCCUUCGUCGGGGCCGCAGAGAGUAUGGCCUUGUGGAACAUUAUGCGAUGCGCAUCCGGUAAACUGUACGUGUGUGGUGGCCGUCGGUCGAUCGCGGUGCCAUCUGCACGUCGCUCCCGGUUCAAGAUUAAGCCGGUGACUCGUCCUUGGGAGUCGCGAACGGCUGCGACGAAGGGUAAGGUUGUCACCGGAGGGAGAGGGAAUUGGGCGCCGGUGAGUGGAUUCAUAAGGUGCAUGUUGGACGACUCGUCCACCGUGAUCAACCAACCAUGAGAAGAACCGAUACAGAUCCUACGACGGAUCAUUGGUUUUGGGCAUGGAAUCUGAUAUACCUUAUUAUCUGCAAUGGAGAAGAACUCGGCGGUGGUAUUACUUUUACCGGGCAACAUGAGCCACGGGGAUUGCGGCUUCGGAGGACAACGAUACUUCAACUCGAAGGCCAAGUUCCAUUGUUUGCAGACGGCUCCUCAGGCAUAGAGAGUUUGCC